GACGAAGUACCGCCAUGAACUCCCGGUCUGAGGCAUUGAAACUUCGAAACGAUUAAGUUCUUAUACAAUGACUGCACAAAUUGAUCCCGCGUCACUAAAGGCAUUUGGAGAUGUUGCUGCCGGGCACGACGGGGUACUCUCUGACGAGUCCGGUGGUCUAGUCAUCAAGCCAUGCACAGCCAAAGAGAUUGCGUUCUAUGAAGCCGCUCCGAAGCAAAGCCCCGAUUUCGCGAAAUACAUCCCAACAUACAUGGGCACUUUACAGUUGAACAAGCCCGCCGAAGCCACCGACCCCACCACCAGUUCCUCUACUGCACCAGAUCCUACCGCCACCACCGCAGCCGGGACUGCAGCUACUUUAUCGCUCGACGAGGCCGGCCCCAUGUUCGGCAAAGCCCUGACGACCGAGACGUCCAUCGUCCUGGAGAACGUAGCGGCCCGAUUCCGGAAACCGAACAUCUUGGAUCUGAAACUCGGGGCGCAGCUGUGGGACGAUGCGGCGAAGCCGGAGAAGCGCGCGCGGUUGGACAAGGUGAGCGCGGAGACGACGAGCGGAAGCCUGGGGUUUCGGGUGGCGGGGAUGAGGGUAUAUGGCGCCAGAGGAGACGCGCCAGAGCAUAAGGCGUCCGACUACAUGAGCAUGGAUAGUGUCACGGGCUAUCGCGUGUAUAACAAGAUGUAUGGGCGGGUAUUCAAUGCUGACAACGUGAACGAGGCGUUCAAGGAAUACGUGACCGCACCCGGCGUUACAGCAGCCCACGCAAAGAAGGUGUUCGGUAUCUUGGAAGAGGACGUCAAAGGCAUUGAAGCAGCAUUGAUGGGCAUGGAGUGCCGGAUGUACUCAGCGAGCAUCCUUUUUGUCUAUGAAGGGGAUGUCGAGGGCUACGAGAAGGCAGUGAAGGACUACGAAGCCAACCCGCCAGCGCAAUCCGAUGAUGAUGAUGACGAAGAGGAGGAUACUUUCCCAAGGCUUACGGCCGUAAAGCUCAUUGACUUUGCGCACGCUUCCUUCGUUCCUAGACAGGGGCCAGAUGAGAACGCGUUGCAAGGGGUGCGGAGCGUGGGUAAGAUAUUGCACGACUUGCAAGCGGCCUGAAUUGCCAUAUGAAUUAUGACGAUGGUUCCGAUACCCAUUUCACACA